CUAAUAUCAAAUCAAUUAGAAAGAAGCGUUGAGCUUGGCGACCAGCAUAGCUCGCACCAAACACACAACAACACCUCUUUCUCCUAAAAUGGCACUGCUACAACCCACCAAACCAAGGUUGCAUCCAUUUGCAUCCACGUCUGCGCCCUGCCGGGGCUGUGUUCGGAGUUUGAGGCUUCCAAGCUCCGGGCGUUGUGAGAUCCGGGCGGCUAGCUCUCGUGAUGGAAAGGAGCAGGGCCCUGCUUCCACCUUCGGUCGGGCUCUACGCAUUGCAGCAGCAGGGGUGCUUGCUUCGGGCUUAGUAUGGAUGUCACCCGACGUGGCGCACGCGGAGAUGCAGGUUGUCUCCGCGGCGCAAGUGACCCAGAUGGCGAAGCCCCUACCGAAGCAGAGCUUUGAUAAGGGCCGGGUCUGGACCGUGUUCAUCGGGAGCGCAGUGACGCUGUUCGGUGCCACGGUGCUGGUGGAGCAGAACGCCUCCUGGUUUCCCGCCAUCUCGCGGGCCAACCAGGCAAUGAAGGACGCAACGAAGCGCUUGCAGGAGAUGGAGGAGCGCGAGAAGAAGGAGGCCGAGGUGCUGGCGCUGCGGCAGAAGGAGUUCGACCAGCAGCAGCGCAGCGCGGCGGCGGUGGAGGAGGGGCUGAAGGCCGCCAAGGCCAAGGUGCUGGCGCAGUCACCACAGGCGGCGGCUCCCAAGCCAGCGGUGGCUGCCCAGGCGCCGGCGCCGGCGCAAGCCGCAGCUACACCAGCGGCGCCGGCCUCGACCUCGGCACCCGCGGCAGCUGCGCCGCCCGCGGCCGCAGCCGAGCCCCACCAAGCACCAGCGCCGGCUGCUCCUGCCAGCACUAGCGGCAGGGCUAGCAGCGGCGCGAGCAACUCGUAUGUGGUCGUGGAGGACGUGUCGGGCGACUUGGGGGCGCAGGCAUGGACGCCUGCCGGCACCAGUAGCGCUCCAGCCGCUGCCACGGAAAACAGUAACGCUGUCAUGGGCGCGGCGGCAGCGGCGACGGCCGUGGCGGCGGCGGCGGCUCAGCCACCCGCUGCGGCCGCGGCUGUAGUUGAGGAGGACGCGGAGUCGCUAGCGCGUUUGGCACGACUGCAGAACUUUGUGGACUCCAUGGCAAGCCGGAGGGACGCGGUGAAGCAGCAGUGAGCACCGGGGAGCGGGAGUCUUGGAUGCAGGCAGCAACGCCAUGCAGCAACGGCGGUAGCGAAAGGCGAGAGUCUGCAGAUGCUUGGUUUGGGAGGGAGUGGAGCGAGGGAUUUAGGAAGGGGCCUGGUGUGGGCACGACAAGGACACUGCGGUGGCAAAAGAGGUGGUACGAGAGUUCUGUCGUUAUUGUUUAUGACAUGCGGGACACUUUUGGAUGCAUGCGCAUAGGGCGGGCGGGCCUAUGAACGAUAGUAGCUGAGCGGAAUGAUGCGCAAAGGUCGUUGCUGUUGGUUGUUGUUGGGGCUGUGUGCAGUAGCUGCACCUGAUGCGCGCGCUGCAAGCGACAUGCUAUUAUAAGCGGAUGUGGCCGAAGUGCCGAGAAUGAACACAGGGUGUGACCGAACACGUUUAGUCCAUUGAAGACUAGCGCCACCUGAAGGUUACAGAGAGGGAACGUGUCAAGUGCCCAAGGCUUGUCCGUUGCAAGAUUGCAUGCCUUCA